GUGCAAUGACUCAAGUUUAAGUUAACAUAAAAUCUCAGGACAUAUCCUUUGAUGGAUGUUUGAGAUUUUAUGUUAACUUAAACUUGAGUCAUUGCACAUACGACCAAUUCUCUCCUUAGUAAAAUAUUAACAUUAGAUAUGAUGUUUUUUAGAUUCUUUUUUGUGUGUCAAUAGAAAGAGGAUUCUAUAAUGUAGAUGAAAAGUUUCAAUUGUCGAUGAUCUAAUUGCUAAUUUAGACUGUAGCUUAAUGAUUCUACUAAUUUUAAUGCACAAAAAUGCGCUUAAAAUAUUCUAUCUCUGUUAUAUGCUCAUUACUCGUUGAAAACACUCUUUUUUCCCCCCAUAUAUGGUAGAUUAUAGGAUUCUGAACAAGUUUGUCGUUUAGUAUAGCCUCUGAGAGACGGUGAAGAUUUUUUUCUAUCUAUCCAUGUGAUUUACACGGAAUUAUCAUAAUUACCGCAUGAAAAAUAACUGUGUUAUCACAAUUAUUACCCAAAAGAACAAAAAUGAAAAAAAUAACGGUCUUUUAUUUUUCGUAAUUUCUAAUUAACUUAUAACUUAUUUAGAUUAAGUCCAAAUGACUGACAAUUCACAUGAGAGGUAGAGCAGAAAAUACUCUACAGGAUGAUAUAAUUUUUAGUAAGUUUACUCCAAGUUUUCCCUUGAAACUAAAUAUUUUAAGUUCAUUCCAGCUAUUUUGGCUGUAGUUAUCAUAAUCACUCCAAUGCUAUACGGUCACUUACCACAAUUACCCCAAAUGGGGGAAUUAUGAUAAUUCGAAACAUAUGUACUGGAAAUUGAUUAGAACUAAUUAAUGUUAAUGGAUUUUAGGAAAAUUUUUACAGCCAUAGAUAGCUAAGAGUCAGCUCUAUCAGCCUGCAUAAUACUGGUUUUCUCCGGUUAAAAAUGGCCAAAAUGUGCCUAAAAUAUCCGAAAAGUUUUAAACGAUUAUCAGAAUUACUCCAUGUGACUCUACAUUCUCAUGUUGCACAAAGUCGAAUUUUUCGAAUGAAAAAAUUCAAAUAUCUGGAUGAUAGGAUAUAAUGAGACAUAACGAGAGAUAUGGACUGAAUUGUAAGACAUUUCCCGUCCAUUUGUUGUCUGAUAAUUCAUGCACAAAGUAUGUCGUUUCUUCAAAGAAAAUAAUAACGAAACAUGUGCACUGAUGAACAAUGAUGAUGUGCACGUGUAUGCUUUUUCGAUAAAAACAGUGUGACAGUCAGUUGUUUCAUUCGCAUUUUGGUUAUGUAAGGACAACAUAAACACAGUAUCACAUAAGUCGGAAGAUAAAAUUUUGCAGUAAUAAUUUAAUUUUGAACGAUAUUCAAUUGUUAAUGACACUCUUAGAGCAGGUUUGUUUCAUUCUCGUUUUAAAGAUUAUUUAUUUUUUACAGGUGCUAGAUUGUUAUAGCUGGACAUAUAAACAGAAUGCAUAUUUUUUUCUGGCCGACCUUACUUUUGCUUUGUCUGAGGGAAAGCUGACAUUUUAAUCUUAGUAGUUCUCCUAGAUGCUCGCUUAGUCGAAUUUUUAAAUAUAAUUCGCUUGAAACUUGCGUAUUAUUUUUGUUAUAUACUGCAACGAUUUGAAUGUGCUUACUUACUUAAAAACUUCCAGAAAAUAGUUAACGUAGUAGGCUGAAAAAACUGGCACUUUUCUGCUUAACGCCUUGUCCAAGCGUGACGCUCUGACAUUUUUGACACAGUAAUUUGAGCUCUUCUCAAAAAAUUUUACGGGCUAGAAACGUCGUUCUUGCGCCAUUCGACGCAGCUCGCCAUACUCAACUUUCGGUAUAAAAAUGAAGGUAUGUGGUUAAUGACUCGAAUUUUUAGAAUCGUUUGUGACGCUGUGAUAAAAAAAGGCCCUAAAUUCGAAGUUCUUCUCAUUAAAAGCUAAUUUGCUACGAAUUUAGAAGAGCUAAUAAAAAGCGCCUUUUGUAGAGAAGUAAACGCAACGAAAAAGCAACGUUUGUAGAGAAGUAAACGAGCUACUUUUUCCUAAAAAAGAAUCUUUCCAAUGAGCUUUCCAUCCCUCACUAAUUGUGUUUUAUCGUCGUGACCCUGUGACAUUUUUCGUGACGCUGUGACACACUUUUUCCCAACAAAGUUUUGAGUACUAAACAUUGCUCAGAGGAUUUCAUUUUUCACAUCGGACUUAGUUUUAGACAUCUAAUAUAGACUGACGUGAAAAUAAAGCUGAAAAAAUGUUUUCACUUAGAAUUGUGUGAGAAUCUUAAAACUUUAUUGAAAAGCUUGUUUUGAGUUUAAACUUCAAAAGAAACAUCCCGUCUUGUAGAGAAUCGAAUUCUCUAUCGAUUAGUGUGGCCUUCCAUUUUUAUUAGAAAAGUGUCUAGGUGAGUAAACCGAAAAUACAGUUUUCAAAAAAUGUAAAACUGAAUUUUUGGUGCCAAAAUUUAACUUUUUGAAAAAAAUGUGAGAUUCGUAAUCAGCACUAAAAACUGCAUCUAGUGAUAUGCUUCUUUCAGUUCUACUCUAAAAUAAUUUUUUCAAAAACUUAAUUAACGAAGUCUCGAGUUAGCUGGACAAGCCGUUAAUUAGUUCAGAUUAACUUAGUUGUUAAAUGCUAUUAAAGAUAGCGUCAGUACAGUUUUGCGUAAAUUGUAUUUUGAUAAUUUUUGAAGACACGACUAUUAAUAUCCAUUAAAUCAAGCUAUAUAAUUUGAUCAUAUACCUUUUGCAAAGAAAAUAUCGCUGUUCAAUUUAGUUUGUUGAUUUUUAUUUCUACAGUUCGAUAUGGUGCAGUUGGACGAAAAUGAUGAACCAUUACGAAUUCACGUUGGUAAUAUACCGUUUGCUUGGACGAUCGAAGAUUUGAGACAUCAGUUUCAAGUAUUUGGUUCAGUUCGAGAUCCAGAAAUUGUUGCUAAUGAUCGUGGUUCAAAAGGUUUUGGUUUUGUUACAUUUAUGCGUCGAAGUGACGGUUUGAAGGCAAUAAAAAUCAAAAAUGGCACAAUAGCAGAUGGGCGAAAAAUUACGGUUGCGUUGGCGUCGUCACGACCACUUCCUAGAGGGCUUUUCCGCCCUAUUGAAAAUCUUCAACCAUUUCUUUCGUCGUUGCCUCAAGUUUAUUCAAAUAAUCGUUCAUUGUCAUCGACACUGUACGAAACAUCAGCAUUGUCAUAUUGUUCUCCAAUUGGUACAGCACCUACGUCUAUAACUUAUAAUGCAUGCAUGCCCCAACAACAAACGCAGCAGCAACCAAUCAUUCUUCCCUCCCAAUCGUUAUUAUCAUCUCCUACAUCUUCUUUAUUUUCACCGAUUGAAUUACCCUAUUCGUUUGUUACAUCUCAAGUGCCUCGUGCGCGACGAACAGAUAUCGAGAACAAUGUAUUUGCCAACCCGAUAAGAGCAAACACAAGAGUUUCAAAUCUCGUUCAAAGUUGUCCUCAAUGUUCACGAUUGUAUUGA